UCUCUCUCAAACCUUCGUCUACCUCAACGCAUCACAGCAUCAUCAUCAAAGCAAGUAUAUUUAUCAAUCUUUCAUUUCUCAUUCUUCAAAUAUUUUAUUCCAUAGAGUUAUCAUUUUCAGUGUUUUCAAUUUCAUGUUUUCAGAGUUUUAAGCUUGAAGUUUCUUCAAUAGUUGAAUCCUCAUUUUUAGGCAAAACGAUGUCGUCUUCAGAGUCUCAAGAGCCGGCACUUUCAACGGAAGCCCAGAGCAAAAAGGCCGCCAAGAAGGAAGCUGCAAAGCUGGAGAAGCUCCGCCGCAAACAAGAAGUUGCUGCUGCUGCUACUGCAGCAUCAAAUCUCUCCGUCGAAGAUGAUCCCCUUGCUGCCAAUUACGGUCAUAUCCCGCUCAAUGAACUCCAAUCGAAGACCCCUGUCAAUGUCAAUGACUGGACCCGAGUCGAGGCUCUCAAUGAUUCACUGGAGAAGGUACUAAUCCGUGGAAGAGCGCAAGCUAUUAGACCAGUCGGGAAGAAGAUGGCAUUCUUAGUCAUCCGUGAAAAUGGUUUCACCGUACAGUGUUUAGUUCAGGCAAAGACUGAUUUAGUGAGUCCACAAAUGGUGAAAUUUGCCGCUGCGCUCAGCCGUGAGUCUAUUGUCGAUGUUGAAGGUAAGGUUUCCGUUCCGGCCGCUCCUAUUAAAGGUGCCACGCAACAGGUUGAAAUUCAAGUGAGGAAAUUGUAUUGUGUGAGUAAGGCUGUUCCUACUCUGCCAAUUAACAUCGAGGAUGCUGCUCGAAGUGAAGUUGAAAUUGAGAAGGCCAUUCAGGCUGGGGAACAACUUGUUCGCGUGAAUCAGGAUACGCGGUUGAACUUUAGAGUGCUUGACUUGCGAACACCAGCUAAUCAAGGCAUUUUCCGCAUUCAGUCUCAAGUUGGAAAUGCAUUCAGACAAUUUUUAUUAGGAAAAAGCUUUGUUGAAAUCCACACUCCAAAGUUGAUUGCUGGAUCUAGUGAAGGUGGAGCUGCUGUCUUUAGACUAGACUAUAAAGGACAACCUGCAUGCCUGGCUCAGUCACCUCAGCUUCACAAGCAAAUGUCAAUAUGCGGUGACUUUGGCCGUGUUUUUGAAAUUGGUCCUGUGUUCAGAGCAGAAGAUUCCUUUACUCACAGACAUUUAUGUGAGUUUACAGGUCUUGAUGUUGAAAUGGAGAUUAAGAAGCAUUAUUUUGAGGUUAUGGAUGAAGUUGACAAAUUGUUUGUCGCUAUGUUUGACAGUUUGAACACAAAUUGUAAGAAAGAUCUUGAAGCUGUGGCAAAUCAGUAUCCGUUUGAACCUUUAAAGUAUCUGCGAAAUACUCUACGGCUUACGUAUGAAGAAGGUAUUCAGAUGCUCAAGGAAGUUGGAGUAGAGAUUGAACCUUUUGGCGACUUGAAUACUGAAGCUGAAAGGAAAUUAGGCCAACUAGUUUUAGAAAAAUAUGGCACGGAGUUCUACAUUCUUCACCGGUACCCUUUGGCUGUAAGGCCAUUUUAUACCAUGCCUUGCUAUGACAAUCCUGCAUACUCUAACUCUUUUGAUGUCUUCAUUCGUGGUGAGGAGAUAAUUUCAGGAGCUCAGCGUAUCCAUGUGCCUGAAUUUUUGGAAGAACGUGCUCAGGCCUGCGGCAUUGAAGUCAAGACAAUCUCUACUUACAUUGAUUCUUUCAGAUAUGGUGUACCACCACAUGGUGGCUUUGGAGUAGGCUUGGAGCGUGUUGUGAUGCUCUUCUGUGGUCUGAAUAACAUUCGUAAAACAUCGCUUUAUCCACGUGACCCACUCAGGAUAGCACCAUGAUGAUGUUUUAGUAUUUUGUUUGGAAUGUUAAAAAUUCUGUGACCUCGCAUUCGGCUGAAUCUUGAAGGCGUAGCUUCACGCCAAUAAUUCAGGGAAAAUACUGUUUCCAAACACUAUCAAAACUUGGAGCUGAUAUUAAGCACUUUAUGUUGUUUGACUUGAUGUAAUUGACAUUGCAUAUUGUACUGCAUGCACUCUUUUGUUUACCCCACCAACUUUCAAAAGGUCCUUUUUUUGGCUAA